CGUCGGUCGUGCAUCUUGACUGGUGCUUCCUCACCCUGUUACCAUGAGCUCUGAUCAGGCUACAGCUACUCUCCAAAAUAUUCCAAGUGGACACCAGCUUGUUAAACUGCCCUCAGGAACAAUUAUUGAGUGCGACAUGGCUCCUCCACCAAUUCGAGCCUAUACGACCGACGAGCGCGAGUCAAAGGCGAAGCUAGCCCUCUGUCUUCAUCCAUGGUCAUGGCUUGGCGGAUGUAUGGACGACCCUGUCUUGCGUCUGCUGGUUGGGCCUCUGAACAGUCUCGGCUACCACCGUUGGAAGUCUUCUGGUUGGCCUUCGCUCACGGGCAGCCGAGAAGCGCAAGACUUGCGCGAACUCGUACAGUGGGCAAUCGAUCGCCUCCAUUCUGUCGAAUCCGUCGUCCUCGUCGGCUAUUCAUAUGGCUCCCUCAUAGCCUCUCUCCACCCACCGCUUCCGCACCCUAAAGUCUCUCACAUCAUGAUCUCCUACCCACUCACACUUACUGCGCUCGUCCGGGACGACCGCGCGCGGGUGCUCAUUGUCCAUGGGGAUCACGAUGACUUCACUGAUGCCGAGAUAUACGAGGCGUGGACACGCAGCCUUGCCGAGGCAGCCGCGGAAAGUGUCUUGGAGGUUGUAAAGGUCGAGGGGGCAACUCACUUCUGGCGAGAAGGGGAAGCGAGGGUGAAGCUGGUGGAGACGAUUGAAACGUGGUUAACAUGAAUGUCACUGAGUUGCAACUGAGACGUGUAUAAUAUCGGUCAACGCGUCAUGAUCUCCACGAGCACAGUUGAAGCUCG